AUGGCCGAGACGCUGCAAGCAGUCGCCAUCAGCAAGACGCACACCCCCUACUUGUACAGCGUCUUCUUGCGUGCGCUCUUGGCGUCCAAGAUGGAGACAAGUCGACCACCUUCUCCCAAUCCAGCAGUGAACAAUGGGCCGGUGUUGUCUGCGAACGAUGCUUCAACAGCAAUGGGAGCAGGAGGGCUCAAUGGUCUCAUGUAUCCCUCCGCCGAGUCGCCCACCCGAAACUCAUUCGGAAAUCACCACCAGCACAGUCAGAAUGGCAGUGUGAGUGAUAUGUUUGGGCUCGAGAUGUACAAGUCGCUUGGCGAGAAUUAUGGAGAUGGGUCUGCGUUUGUGAAUCCGUUCGAUAUGAGUUCGGCGGGAGCAGGGUUUGGAGUUGACCAGAUGCAACACUCGUCGGCAGCGUUUGAUGCGGCGAUGGGAGGGAUGGAUUCGGGUGCGCCCAUGUCGUUGGACUCGUUGCUGAGUUCUGGAUUCUGGGACUCGAUGCUCGUACCGGGCUUUUCGAAUACGUUGGAAGGGAUGAGCGGAGGAUUCAUCUAUGGACCCGGCGGGAGUGGGUACAUUUCUCGGUGGCACUCACCGUCCGGAUCUCGUCGACAAACACCCCGCAAUGAAAACAAGUCACUCCCGAGUGGGAUGACACCGUUGGAG